ACGGAUCACUCACUCCCUCGCUAGAAAAAAACCCCAUUUCUUGGUCUUGCUUAUUUUAUUGGUCUAAGUUCUCUGUUUUCUUCUUCUUUUAUGAUUUUUAGCUUUGCAUGAUGGAGCUUCGACUGGGUCUCGCUCUUCCAGCCUAUGGUUUCGACGCUAAUAAGGUGUCUGCUGGUAGCUCUGGCCAAGUGAUCAUGAUCAUGAAUCAGGGUAUGCUUCAUUCGUGGUUGUCUACUGGAACAUAUUCUGCUUCUGCUGAAGAUGAUUUUAGCACCAACAACCAAAAACGUAGUUUUUAUGAUGCCUUCGAGGAGACAAAUGACGUGCCUCGGACGUUGCCUCUUUUGCUUUGGAAUAAACAACCUAACGAGGAAGAAGAUGAUGAACAUAAAGAUCUUGAUAAAAGCUUCCCUUUUGCCUUGAACAGAGCUGAUGGAGAUGGUGAUGGAAUAGUAGGGUGGCCACCGAUUAAGUUCCGGAGGAGGAAGCUUAGCCACAGGAGUAAAGAAAAACGACCGGAGAAUGAUCGGGCGGUGGACAGUGGAUGCGUCGAUUGUCAUGGUAGACCAUCAAAGUCCAUGUACGUUAAGGUGAAGAUGGAAGGAGUAGCCAUAGGAAGAAAAAUCGACCUUAGUCUCUGCACUUCUCUUCAAGCUCUUGAACAAACCUUGCAUGGCAUGUUUGGGAUACGACAAGAAAACUGCAGCAGCUAUAAACUGACUUUUCAGGACAGGGAAGGUGACUGGCUACUUGCUGAUGAUGUAUCAUGGAGAAGUUUCAUUCGGUCAGUGCAACGCCUAAAAUUGAUAAGGAACAGCAGGUGACUUCAUGGGCUCUGGCUCACCUCAUCAGUGAGGAUUUUGAUUUGGGGUAGUUAAAUGUUGUGGAUUCUGCUCUGUUAGCUACUCUACUAGGACCCGUACUAGGAAGGGAAUUCAAUUGGGUCCCUCCCUCUAGAAUUGUAGUUUAUAUUUUGAUUAAUGCCUUAAUGACUGUAUCUACUAUGUAGUUAA